AUGGACCCAUGGCUCGACGAUCUAACCGACGACCUCCAAAGCCUAAGCUUCGCCUCCACAACCACCACCACCGCCGACAUCAAACGCAGCACAAGCUUCAGUUCCGAAACAACCACAAACGCCUCAACUUCCACAAGAUCCCUCCCUCCAACCACCAAACCUCACGCUCCUUCCUCCGACCCUCGCUGGUCCGCCAUUCACCGGAUCCGAUCAGAGUCACCUUCUCGCCGCAUACUCCCUUCCGACCUCCGCUUCUCCCGCCGUCUCGGCUCUGGGGACAUCAGUUCCGUUUAUCUGGCUGAACUCAACGACGACGGGAAAAUCCCGGCGAUGUUCGCCGCGAAAGUGAUGGAUAAGAAGGAGCUUAUUAGUAGGAGUAAGGAGGGAAGAGCGAAGACGGAGAGAGAAAUACUUGAAUCCCUUGAUCAUCCUUUUUUGCCUACUCUUUAUGCUACCAUCGACGCUGCCAAAUGGCUUUGUCUGUUAACGGAGUUUUGUUCCGGCGGCGAUCUUCAUGUUCUCCGGCAACGGCAGCAGAAUAAACGCUUCACUGAAUCCGCCGUGAGAUUCUAUGCAUCAGAGGUGUUAAUGGCACUUGAAUAUCUUCACAUGUUGGGAAUAGUAUACCGUGAUCUCAAACCAGAGAACGUGUUAGUUAGAUCAGAUGGCCACAUCAUGCUCACAGACUUUGAUCUCUCUUUAAAAUGUGAUGACAAUUCCACACCAACAGCCCAGAUCAUAAUCUCCAGCCAAGACUCUCCACAAGUAGCCCCACAGAAAAACCCCCACUCCGAACCCUCUCAAUUCGCCUCAUCUUCAUGCAUAAUACCCAACUGUAUAGUCCCAGCAGUAUCCUGUUUCCAACCAAAACGCAAGCGAAAGAAGAAACAAACUCAUCUCCACGGCCCUGAGUUUGUUGCUGAACCUAUCGAUGUUCGGUCCAUGUCAUUCGUUGGGACACACGAAUACUUAGCUCCUGAAAUAGUCUCUGGUGAGGGACACGGCAGUGCAGUGGAUUGGUGGACCUUAGGGAUAUUUAUAUUCGAAUUAUUCUACGGCGUCACACCUUUUAGAGGCUUGGAUAAUGAACUCACUCUAGCAAACAUCGUGGCUCGAGCUUUGGAGUUCCCCAAGGAACCCACCGUGCCAACCACGGCAAAAGAUCUUAUCUCACAGUUACUGAUUAAGGACCCAGCAAGGAGGUUGGGAUCAAUAAUGGGAGCUUCUACAAUCAAACACCACUCAUUUUUCCAAGGUGUGAAUUGGGCAUUGUUAAGGUGUACAACUCCACCUUAUGUUCCACCACCUUAUACUAAAGAUAAAGAAGAUGUUUCUGAUGAAAGUUGUCCACAAACUCCUGUUGAUUAUUAUUGA